CAACAUUACCUCCUUGUCCAUCACGGCCAAGAUCAGCGUGUUUCGUCUCAAUCUGCGACAAGAUUUAUUGUCUUUGGCCUUCCUCUGAGAAAAGGAAAGACGAGUUACGAGGCACCUUUUGCCUGAUAUCGUGGCUUCCGUGGGUUGAGCAAACUAUCUAAUCUUCGAAGUGUUGUCGCAUCGUGAUAUAUACCCACUAUUUGUUCAAGUCGGCUGGAGUGGUGAUAAAGUAGGCUAAACAUGCACCUCAUUGACGUGAAUGCCGUCCUCAGCAUCGAAGAGGGUACUGAGGAACUCGACCCUAAUCUUGAAAUUUUAAAAUGUUUCCAUGGUGAAGAACUGCAGAGACUGGAGUAUGCUAUUCUGUCCCACUGCUGGAGCACCAGAGCUAGUGACGAAGUCACGUUUGAGCAACUACUCAGUCUUACGCGUAUGACACGUGAACGGAUCAGGGACCUUCCUGGUUAUCGGAAGAUUGUUGCGAGCUGCAGGCGGGCUCGCGACCACGACCAACUAAACUGGCUAUGGGUCGACACCUGUUGCAUUGAGCAACGUGAGAGGGAAGAAGCAAUCAACUCUAUGUAUCGGUGGUAUGGGCACUCGAAGAAGUGUUAUGCAUACCUACAUGAUGUCAUCGAAAACACACUUCCCGCCAAGGCCGAGGGCAAGAAGCCCCGGUGGUUUUUGCGAGGAUGGACGCUACAGGAACUGAUAGCUCCGAGGGCCGUUCUGUUUUUUAACGGAGGCUGGGAGCUUAUUGGCGACAAGAAGUCCUUGGCACCCACUUUGAAACAUAUCACCCGGAUACCAGAAUAUGUCCUGGCCUAUGGCCUACCCUCACCGCAGCAAACGGAUCGUCCAAGUGUAGCUCAAAUCUUCUCAUGGGCUGCUGACCGUGAAACGAAGAGGAACGAGGACUGGGCAUACUCACUUAUGGGCUUAUUUGAAGUGGAGAUAUUCAAGUCGUAUGGGACGAGAAAUGCUUUUCAGCGCUUGCAGGAGGCCAUCAUCAAGAAGUACAAUGACCAUUCUAUCUUUGCUUGGUUUGAGAUGAAACGGCCUGGCAGUGUCCUGGCAGACAAUCCGAGUUACUUUUGGGGGAGCUCUGAUAUAGUCAACUGCUCCAUAACUGGACCAUUGCCACGGGUACAACAGGGGAUCAUUAGGACACGCUUAUCUGUCUCCCGUUGUCGCAGCUCCUCAUUCUAUUAUGAGGCACAGUUGGCAUGCCGUCGUUCUGGCGAUUUACAGCGUCCUGUUACCAUUCUCAUCGCGUCCUUGGAUGACAGGUACUACAGGGUUUUUGGAGACUUCACCCCUACCAGUAAAGCUGAGGACCGGGAACUUGAUCUCUCUUGCCGGUCCAUCGAUGGCCGCUCCUUUACGUUUCAGAUUCCUCGGACAGUAGAGUUGGGCGACCAGCAACUGUGUUGCAACCACCCCGAUGAUUCUCUUGAAUUACCCCGUGGUUAUAAAGUUAUUCACUAUGCUGGUCAGAGUCAGACCUGUGGUUUCAAAGUCAUUCUUGGUCACUGUCUUGGCCUUGAUUCAGUACACAUAUUGACCGGCAGACCUUCCAGUGAAGAUAUUCCGGAUCCAGACACCUUACUGCACCAUACCAAUCGGAUCAAUGAGCUGCGGAUACAAAUCGCAGAGGGUGGAGAACGGACUGGAUUUGCACUUGCCAACCAUGUUCACAUCCCUGGCACUGCCCAAGCUGUGGAACUGCUCUACACAAAAAGAUCAUAUUUUGUUUCUCUCCAGCUUCAUCUUGUGGUGUGUCCUGGCUGCUGUACACCUGUAUGGCACAGGCAGUUGAAAGAGGAUGGUGAUGAGGGUGAUCUUAGGGUAGGGAAAUGCUUCAAGAAAAUAAUUAGGUCAUAUGAUCCACAUCCUCAAAGUGAUUGCAUUAGGACUUGUAUGGGGUGCUGUACUGGUCAAGUGUUUGAACCCAAGUCAUUUCAUUACUUGAGUGCCAGUUGAGGGCAGUUCAUGAUCAAAUUCCUGCACAAAGUCAAGAUUUGCUUAAAAAUGAAAUUGCAGAGCUUCAAAAAUCUUUGGAUUCUGCUAAGAGCAAUCAUGAAAAAUGAGCACUGGUGGAGGAUAUUGUUGGCCGUGUGAAUAAGGAGCAG